CCGAGCCUCCGGGACGGGCGAGCAGCAGCAGCAGCAGGGCGAUGGCGACGCCGUUGCUGAAUGACCCAGAAGAAAUUGCAGCUUUGUACCGUGAGCUUAGCCAGUUCCCAUCUCUGUCCAGUGCCUGCAUCGGUCCUGAGGUAACCACUCAGUAUGGGGGCAAAUACUGCAACAUUUACACAGAGUGGUCUCAGCGAGACUUGGAAAGAGCUGAAAAUGUGAAGUUUUGCCGACAGUACCUGGUCUUCUAUGAUGGCCAGUCCGUUGUGUAUUCAGGCCCUUCUGGCAACUGCACUGAAAUCAAGGGAGAGCUGCUUAGUCGGGACUCCCCUAGUGGAGCACAAAAGGCUGUUCUGCGGAAGACUAGCAACAGCAAAGGUGAAGAAAAGCAGUUCCUAGAGGUUUGGGAGAAGAACCGCAAGGCGAAGAGCAUUGAGUUGACAGCUUUGGAGAAGCACGGCAAAGUCUACGAGGACGACCAGUUUGGCUGCUUGGCUUGGUCGCACUCCGAGACUCACAUUCUCUAUGUGGCAGAGAAGAAGCGUCCCAAGGCGGAAUCUUUCUUUAAGCCAAGAGCCACAGAGCUGAGCAGUGAAGAGGAGCUGGCCAAGGCAGAGCAGCGAGACAAAGCCGUCAAGGGGGAGCAGUUUGUGUUCUAUGAAGACUGGGGAGAGGCCUUGGUGGCAAAGAGCAUCCCUGUGCUGUGUGUGCUGGACAUUGAGGGCAGCAAUGUUUCUGUGCUGGAGGGUAUUCCAGAGCACAUCUCACCUGGGCAGGCCUUCUGGACUCCAGGUGACACAGGGGUGGUGUUCACCGGCUGGUGGCAUGAGCCAUUCCGUCUAGGGUUGAAGCACUGCACCAAUCGCAGAUCGGCUCUCUUCUACGUAGACCUGACAGGUGGUCGUUGUGAGCUACUGUCAGAUGACACCAAGGCCACUUGGUCUCCACGCUUGAGCCCAGACCAGUGUCGCAUUGUGUACCUGGAGAACAAGGCAUCAGGGCCCCACCAGCAGUGUAGUUGUCUCUGCAUGUAUGACUGGUACACAAAGCUCACUUCAGUUGUGGUGGACCUUGUACCUCGGCAGAGCCAAGGUGAAUUCACUGGGAUUUAUAGCAGGGCACUGCCUGAGCACUGCUGGGCAGCAGACAGUCAACGAGUUGUACUGGACACAGUUCAGCGUAGUAGACAGGAACUGAUUGUGGUGGACACAUUGUCAGGCAAAGUGGAUUCUCUCACAAAGGGUUCCCAACCUGGAAGCUGGGCACUGCUCACUGUUGAUCGAGAUCUGCUGGUAGCCAAAUUUUCUACUCCAAACUGUCCUCCUGUGCUUAUGGUAGCCUUCCUGCCUCCUGCUGGCAAGGAAUCUGAAGUAAACUGGGUGUGCCUGGAGGAAGCCAGCCCAGUCCAAGGAAUCACUUGGGAUGUCCAUACACUAAAGGCUCCUCCAGAACAGGACAACCCCCAAUAUUCGGGCCUUGAUUUUGAAGCCAUUCUACUCCGGCCUACUCAGAUGCCAGAGAAGGGCAAAUUUCCAUUAGUGGUGUCACCUCAUGGAGGCCCGCACUCAGCAUUCACCACCAGCUGGACCCUGUACCCAGCAGUGCUUUGCCGAAUGGGCUUUGCCAUGCUGCUGGUGAAUUAUCGAGGAUCACUGGGCUUUGGCCAGGACAGUGUGGACUCCCUGCCAGGGAAUGUGGGCUGUCAGGAUGUCAAGGAUGUGCAGUUCUGUGUAGAGCAGAUGCUACAAGAGGAGCCUCUGGAUCCACAGAGGGUGGCCUUGCUUGGUGGCUCCCAUGGGGGCUUCCUGUCCUGCCACCUCAUUGGCCAGUACCCUGAUAUCUACAGGGCUUGUGUGGCCAGGAAUCCUGUGGUCAACAUGGCCUCCAUGGUCGGAAACACUGACAUUCCUGACUGGUGCCUGACUGAGGCUGGCUUACCCUAUGACCAGGCGGCCCUCCCAGACCCUGCACACUGGACAGAAAUGCUCCUGCAUUCACCUAUGCGAUAUGUUGAUAAGGUUCAGACACCUGUUCUCUUAAUGAUAGGAGAGGACGAUCGACGUGUGCCCCCCAAGCAAGGCUUGGAGUACUAUCAUGCUCUUAAGGCCAGGGGUGUUCCAACCCGGAUGCUGUGGUAUCCAGGCAAUGACCAUGCACUGUCUGGUGUGGAGGCUGAGGCAGAUGGUUUCAUGAAUAUUGCACUCUGGCUGAUCCAGCACCUCAAAUGAUGUCUGCAGAAGCUGGGCCGUACCUUGUAUAACCCACCUCCGUGCAAAACAAUAAGGUUCCUAACAAUGGCCUGAGGCAUUUCAAUUCUGUUCAGCUACUCUGGAGAAGGAAUACUUUGGUAACUUCGUUCAUGGUCUCCAAAGCUUGACUAGGUACAUAAUGGCAAAAGUGGCCAGCGUCUGUCCUGUAGCUAGCUCAAAUACAGCAGACAUUACUCUGACCACUCUUUUUUUUUUUUUUUUUGCCAAAUUUUGUACCAUUAGCAAUAGCCUAGCAGGAGGCAAUUUAAAAGGGUCAGAUGCUGGAGUCCUUAGAAGUAGCCUAUUCAAUUUUAAUGCACUCUGUAUUAGCACUCAUCUUUGGGAGCAGGACUGGAAAGGGUGUCCCAGGGAUCCAGAUUAAAAAGAUAAAUAAACACAUUGAUUGUCUUAA